CACCGGUGUGGUAAAGCCAAAACAUUUCGCAAUACCUUACAAAAACGUAUAAUUGGGGGUAGACCAGCGAUGUUCGCAGAAUAUCCAUGGCAAGCGCAUAUUAGAGUUUCUGAAUACCAAUGUGGUGGUGUUUUGAUUUCUAAUGAAUUUGUUGCUACUGCUGCGCAUUGCAUACAACAGGUUAAACUUCAGGAUAUAAUUGUGUAUUUAGGUGAACUGGACACUCAAGAUAUGGGUCUCAUAUAUGAACCACUACCAGUUGAAAAACAUAAUGUGACAGAGAAAAUAGUUCACCCGUACUUUCAAUUCCGAAUGACUCAACCAGACCGUUAUGAUGUUGCAUUGCUGAAACUGGAUAAAGCCACACAUUUCAGUAAUCAUAUACAACCAAUUUGUUUGCCGCAAAAUUCGUUUGAUCUUAUUGGACGUACUGGUAUUAUAGCUGGAUGGGGGAAAACUGAAGCAAGUUACGGCAUAUCUGGUACCAAUGUACUUCAUGUAGCUAAAGUGCCGAUCAUAAGUACGGCAGAAUGUAUUCGAUGGCAUAAAGCAAAAUACAUAAAUGUUGAAAUCUUUAGUGAAAUGUUUUGUGCAGGAUACCCAAACGGAAACCAGGAUGCUUGUUUAGGUGACUCCGGCGGACCUCUUGUCAUAAAAGAACAUGACCGUUUUAUCCUUAUUGGUAUUACUAGUGCAGGUUUUGGUUGUGGAAUUGAUCACCAACCUGGAAUAUAUCAUAAUAUCCAGAAGACGUCAAAGUGGAUUGAAGAUGUUAUUACAGGAUAUAUAUAAGUU